GAGGUGGGGGUCUGGUCGUCACCCUCCUCCUCCCCACCUCAUUUCCUCCACUGUCUCGCAACUCCUUGAUCUACUACUCCUAUCCAUAUACAUGCCACUCAAAUGGAUGUAUUUGUAGAUACAUCCAUUUUAGUGGCAGUUAAUAUGGACCGGAGGAAGUACUAAUAAUAUGAGGCAUGUUUUUGAGCUGGCCCUGUUUAGUAGAGUUUACAUUUGAGAGUUACAUCUUUCUACCACCAUUAUUUUUGAUUUAGCUUGUCUUUUGUGCCCACCAUUUUAUCGAGCAGGGUUAAUGCAAGAUCCAUAGCAAACUAGCUUCUCAUGACAUUUUUUUGGCGGAGUGCAUCUUCUCAUGGCGAGCUAGCGACUUUGCCACUAGAGUUUUUUUUUUGUUGAACUAGUACAUUUUUUGGAUUUUCCCAUUUUAUUUGUGCACAAGCUAUGAGCCGCCCGCAAUUCAGCACCAUAUAUUGGUGGGAUUUUCUAGUUCAAUUGUUUUGUACUAGGAUAUUAGCAGGAUGCUAUCUUCUAGGGCUUUCAUUUCCCCUAUAUCCAGCCCCACCCACGGACAAGCAAGGGCCUCUCUCCCUACCUCGCACCUAGUCCGUCUCGCUCCCUCUCAGUCCUCCAUCCGUAGCCGACAUCCACCGCGCCGGAGCCAGCUCAGCGACGCCGUCAACCACACUCCGUCCGCUUCGUCGGAUCUGCUUCCCCGACUCACUGGUUCAUCUUACCGGCUGGCGAGAUCGGUACACAAAGCGCCACCAUGAUCCACCGAACCAAAACGAACGGCCAACGCGCCACCUCCCCAGUCGACCAAGAUAUUCCCCUCGAGAAUGCCUACGAAGAAUCUUGGAGGCAAAAUAUCUUGCAGAAUAAGAUAAUUGCAGCCAAGCUCGGCAUACUGUGGAAUGGGACAAAAUCACCGCACCCCAAGUCGUUGCCGAGAUUUUUCACCCGUGUGAUGUGCCGCCAAAAGGACGAUUCCGUGGGGCAGCUGCUGAAGAAGCAGCUAGCCACUGCUCAUGUUCCUAACAAAGACAGUGAGCGCGCCAGUGAUGCAGACAUUGGUAGAAAGGAGGUGGGAUUUGGUCCUAUUGUUCUAGCAAGCAAUCAUUUGAGGGGCCGCCUAGGAUCAGCACAUCUGGAUCCUCCUGAGCUCAACAUUAAGGAGGUAAUUUUAUAAUAGUGUUUUAAACAUGACAUAAUCUAAUGUACUGAAAGAGAUCAAACUGUCAACUGGAGUGGAGUGGUAUAGAUGGUAGAGAUAUAGAUAUAGAUUUCAGAUUUCCUAAUUUUUUCUUGAAAAUAGGGUCGCCCCGGCCUCUGCAUCCAAAUGAUGCACCCACCCUUUUAUUGCAAUGUUUUAGACUCCAUUUAAGGUUUAGAAACUCAUGGGUUGCUCAAAGUGGUGACAUGAAUCAACCAACAUAUUUCCUUUUAAUCUGCUGAUUGAUUUUAU